AAUCCAGCCCCGAGUCAACUGACGUGACGUGGCGGCAUCCAUGGCGGUUGUUGUCAGUUCUCUUUCCUGACGUCUCAGGACGAGAAGCGCGCUCCUGGGGGCACUCGUCGCUGUCGAGUCAGGGAGACGGAGCGGCCAGAGGCAGCGGCGGCCGGCGUGGUUUCGGUUUCUUGGCUGGCCCGAGUUCGAUUUCUCACCUGGUUUCCAGGGAUCACAACUCUGAUUCGAUUGUUCUCGACCUUUUUUUUUUUCUUUCCUAUUAUUGGAUUGGAUUAGGAAAGGUGGUUCUACUACAGGUACAGACUCUGCAGGCGCCGUCGCUGUCCCCUCGCUCACUCUCCGUCUCCUCCCUCUCUGUUGGAGUGCCUGCCCGCCGGCGGACGCCGCCUUCUAAAUUCUAAUUGCCGCGUUGGGUGGCCGCGGUGUGGCGCCGGGGCGUCUCCUGCUGUGCCGCAGCGAAUCGUCGCGGCAUCCCUCUUCGGAAGGCUUGCGCGGCGCCGUCAGGUGUCGGGCGGGGCCAGGGCAGCUGGCCGUUCGUGCGCCAGAGUUCUCCGCUCAGGUAGUCAGAAAGUGGAAAAAAUAAGAUACGAGGUGGAAGAUGAGAUCAGUCGUUCGGUCGCUUCGACAGCGUCAUCGUUUCACCCAGCAUCAUGCAGAGAGGCAGUCACCAGCCACCAGAUUGAUCAGGCAGCAGAAUGCUUUAAUCAUGUGCAGUUCGACAACUCGUUCACUGAGCAUGUUAUGCCGUAAUAGUGAAACUAGCAGAUUUGCAAGCCCUGCCGUGGAGUUGAUGAAGUCCAUGUUCUCCACUAUAGCGGCUGAUUCGAUCAAAGAUAUUAGAGGAGGUGGUCCGAUGGUGGAAUAUGAUAGGAGAAUAGCAUCAGGAGAGCUAGUAGAUGGUGAUAGCUUUCAGGUUGAUACAAUUCAACAAUUACAAAGGCUCUAUAAGGAGUUGAUUGAGAAUGAAGAAGAUUGCAAGCUGGACAGAUAUAAGUCAUCUGAGAAAUCAGGACGGAGUCGAUGGCUAUGGUCCCGCCUCAUUACUCAGCCUUCUACCUAUGCUCCAGUUAAGGGGCUUUACCUCUAUGGUGGUGUCGGUACAGGGAAAACGAUGCUUAUGGACCUGUUCUAUGAACAGCUGCCAUCUAACUGGAGAAAAAAACGUAUUCACUUUCAUGAUUUCAUGUUGAACGUACAUAGUCAUCUUCAGAUGCAUAAAGGUGUUUCAGAUCCCCUUGAUGUUGUAGCAGCUGAGAUUUCAGAUGAGGCCAUCAUAUUAUGUCUUGAUGAGUUUAUGGUAACUGAUGUUGCUGAUGCUAUGAUUCUGAACCGGCUGUUUAGACAAUUGUUCAGCAAAGGCGUUAUUCUUGUUUCGACUUCUAACCGCGCUCCAGAUAAGCUUUAUGAAGGUGGCUUACAGCGGGACCUUUUCUUGCCAUUCAUUGAUACCUUGAAAGAAAGGUGCAUCGCGCACCCCAUUGGAUCUGCAGUGGACUAUCGCCAAAUGGGUUCUGCUGAGCAAGGUUUCUAUUUCGUCGGAAAACAUUACAAUACACUUCUGAAACAGAGGCUCCAGUCUUUAAUUGGAGAUGACGAACCCAGCCCACAAACUGUUGAAGUAAUUAUGGGAAGGAAAUUACCGGUUCCCCUUGGAGCAAAUGGUUGUGCGUAUUUUCCUUUUGAAGACCUUUGUGAUAAACCUUUAGGCGCAGCAGAUUAUUUUGGACUUUUUAAAAAAUUUCACACCCUGGCACUUGAUGGUGUUCCAAAGUUUGGGUCUAGUAACAGAACAUCAGCUUAUCGGUUCGUCACACUGAUUGAUGUUAUGUACGAGAACAAAGCAAGGUUGUUAUGUACAGCUGAGGCUGGACCAAUAGAUCUGUUUGAGAAUAUCGUGACUGUUGCUGAAGCACAGAAGGUUUCACCAAGAUCUUCGCGCUCACAGAAAAGUGACAAUCCUGACCUGUGUGUGGACAAUGAGCUAGGAUUUGCCAAGGAUCGUACGAUUAGCAGGUUGACAGAGAUCAACAGUAGAGAAUAUUUGGAGGACUUCGAAAUGAGAUUGCGGCAACAGCAGCAGCUGUCCUUGCAAGGUCUGGAUAAUGGUGGCCAUGUUGUUCUAGCAUAAUAAGCUGAAGGCUUCUGCGCCUCAUAUUUGAAAUUCUUGUAGUCGCCCCACCUGGCUUACAUAGGCAACUGAGAAGCGAAGCUUUUCCAACAGUGAUGCAUGUAAAUAUGAAAUAAAGCUAUGUGAGGGCAUUUUUGCUUACAGGUGGAGGUGGCUGAUCCAUAAAAUGGCUCAAAAUAUAUCGUAUGACAUGUUUCUAAA